AUGGAGCUAGCACUAGAAAAUGCAACCAACACACUGUCCACCAUAGAGAAGUUGUUGAGUAACAAAAGUUUCGAUCCUUUUGCUCUGGUUUGCUUGAAGGACUGCUUGCAGCUAUAUUCGGACGCCAUCACAACACUGAGAGAUGCUGUUGGAGCAUUUCUGAGGGGGGAUUACAACACGGCGAAUAUCUGGGUGAGUGCAGUUAUGGAAGCACCAACUACAUGUGAAGAAGGGUUUAAGGAGAAGGAAGGUGAAGUGUCUCCAUUGAAAAAUGAGAAUUACAAUCUUUUUCAAUUAUGUGAUAUUGCACUAUGCAUAAGCCACUUGCUUAAGUACUCAGGGUCUACAUUCUUGACAAGAUGCUCUGCAACUUAA